AUGUCAACCUCAACGGAGACGACGCCAGCCGUGGCUCCGACUACCGGCAUGCGGAAAAAUGGCAAGAACUGGCAUGGCAUUAAGAAGGCUUUCCGGCCCACUGCUGGUUUGACCUCGUAUGCGAAGCGUCAAGAGGCCAAGAAGCACAGCGAUGCUGUCAAGGAACUUGAACGUGAGAUGAAGGCAGAACAUGAGGCUGAACGUCAGGCCCGCAUUCAACGCAUCAGGGAUCGCCGAGAAGCCAAGGAGGAGAAGCUGCGUUACGAGAAGAUGGCCGAGAAGAUGCACCACAAGAGGGUGGAGCGUCUCAAGCGCAGAGAGAAGCGCAACAAGUUGCUCAACUCUUAA